CCUCCAUUCUCCCGCGUUCAUUAACCGAAUUGUGAUCAUCCAGAAACGAUCAUGCAACGAAUCAUCAGUUUACUUCCCUCAGCUGCUGAAAUCAUUUGUCUUGUGGGUGGUCAACCUGAGAUGGUUGCCAGAAGUCAUGAGGAUGACUUCCCUUCUACUAUCCAACAUCUCCCAGUCCUAACCAAGGCCAAAACUACUUUCACAACUUGUGCGGACGUGGAUCGCCAGGUUUCAGAGGCUUUAUCCCAAGGUCAAAGCUUAUACGACCUCGAUGUCGUACAACUCAAGUCUCUUCAUCCGACUGUCAUUGUCACACAAGAUCUAUGCAAUGUCUGCUCCAUUGAUCUAAUCAGCGUCCAACGCGUCGCAAGCACCAUGAAUCCUCGUCCUGAGAUUGUGACCUUGAAUCCCACUUCUGUCGUAGAGGUCAUGGAAAGUAUUACAACCGUUGGUAAUGCAAUUGGCCAUAAACAAGAAGCUAAACAAGUCCGAACUGAGUUGGAGGCAAGAAUUGAAAAGUGUUUGGGAACUGUUCAAGCGAUCAAAGAAGAGACACAAUCAGGGGGAGAGGAAUACAAACCUAAGAAGGUCAUGUUUUUUGAAUGGACCGACCCGAUCUACCCAGGGGGGCAUUGGACUCCAGAGAUGAUCGAGAUGGCGGGAGGAGUCCAUCCAAUCAACAGCGCGGCGACUCCAUCACAACGUGUGCCUAUUGAAUCUGUUGUAGCAACAGAAGCCGAUGUGCUGAUCAUUUGUCCUUGUGGUCUGGACUUGGAAACGACCCGCAAAGAAUACAAAUCUCUAAUGAAACAGGAAUGGUUCCAAGGGAUGGCAAAUAGAGCAACAUCUAUUGCACUCGUUGACGGCAACCAAAUGUUCAACCGCAGCGGCCCCAGACUAGUCGAGUGUAUAGAAUGGCUAGUCAUGCUUCUGCAUGAUCGCCCAGAAUUUGAACCCACAGGUUUUCCUUGGGAGAGAGUCAAAUAAUAAUAACUAUCGUUAUAGCUAUAACAAGAGGAAGAAUAAGGAAGAAAAUAUAAA